GUAGUUGAAGUAAAAAUAUCAAUUGAUAUUCCUUCAUUGGUCUACAUCGGGGCAAGCUCUCCGGCAAAUUGCAUUUCAAAAAGAGGAUCGUGAAAGAGCCCGGACGGCCCGGAUUUUCACGUUCCGCAAUUUUCGUGUUCUCUCUCGCACGCGCGCGCGCGUUAUUUCCCGGUCUGGUGUGAAGUAGCUUUUCUGUGACCUUGACAGUACCGCCGCGCAUCGCUCCUUUCGAAAUGGCCGACAGGGCGGUGAAUUGGGGUGACUCCGUCUCGGCGGUCUGUACAGUGGUUAACGGGGACAUCCCGCUAGAGAUUACAUGGGCGUUAAACGGGAUGCCUAUCGAGGAGAAUCAUCGAAUAUCCGUGACCACUACCAAGAGGAACAGCCUGCUGGCCAUAGAUUCUGCGAGCCCGAGUCACGCGGGCACUUACACUUGCGUUGCCUCCAAUGCUGCCGGCGCAACCACUUAUUCCGCGGAGUUGACAGUCAACGGUAUCUACGAUAAUCGUUAG